ACUGUCCCGUAAUUAACUCAGAACAGAAUGAUCUACCGGGCCGAGUAAACCCACCGCACGCCGCUGCCCCCACGCGCCGCCCACCAACGCGCCGCCCACCACCGCGCCGCCCUCCACCAACGCGCCUCCCCCCACCACCGCGCCGUCCUCCACCACCGCGCCGUCGACUACAGCUUACCCCCUCCCCCCAUCGAGCAACCCAGCAACGGGAUCUCCAUUCCGCUCCUGAGACGUUCGGGUCCAGGAUGGCUGACUUGUUGACCAUAUACCUGCACUAUGAAGAUGGAAAUAAAGAAGCCAAAAUUCUACAAAGAUCCAUGAUGAGGCGUCACGUCUCGUAUUACGAUUUAAUUUUGAUGACCGAGGAAGUUGGCUUCCAUGCAGUUGAUUUCCUAUACUAUUCGAAAAAAGACCCACAAGGCAACGCCUACUUAGUUCACAUAGAUGAUCAAAGUAUUGCGAUAAAAAUGUUGUCUGAUCCUGACAUCGGGAAAACUGUCCAUCUUUAUGUGUCUAAGGAGAAGGCUAGCGAUGAUAUUGCUCCACCACAUAAUCGAAAUGAUUUUGCUCCAUCUAACCAUACAAAUGAGAGUGCUCUGUUACAGGAUGGUGCUGAAGGUGCAGGCCAACUUAUUGUGAGAAGGCCGCAAAGACAAUUGCGUAGGUCAAAGAGGUUGAAUGUGAUUAAUCAACGUGAUGAUGAAGACCAGGGUGGUGAUGAAGAUGAAGACUUCAACAAUGGUGAGCAAUAUACUGCACCAGGUGAUGAAUCACAAGCAUUGGAAGAUAAUGAGGAUAGAGUUGACAAUCAAGUGCACAAGGAAGUAGUCAAGCGCAAGGGAACGAGCUUGCCAGUUGUUUGGAACAUGCCAAAGGGGCAAAGAAUAGUUGUAACAUGCAACGAAGAAGGCCAGCCUAUAGGAGAAGAAGGGGCAAUAUUGGGGAAGUUUCUGGGCACGAUUGCUAGAAAUGGAGGAUUUUGCCCACUAAACAUAAAUGAUUGGCGUGAUCUCAAGAAGAAUAGCCGUGAGGAAACAAUAUUAGACUGCGUAAAGACAAAGUUUGUGUAUCCUAGAUCAUGUGAAAAAUGGAUACUCAAAACAAUUGGAAGAGACUGGAGGAAAUUUAAAUCUUGUUUGAAAAAAGCUAUCUUCAACCCAGCCAUGAAAAAAAAUCCAGACAUCAAGAGGAAGGCGUUGUAUAAGCUCUGUCCAGAUGAUGUGGACAGUGACCAGUGGCGUGGACUUAUUAAAUUUUGGAAGUCCAAAAAAGGAAGGGCCCUAGCUGAGAAGAAUGUAAUUAGUCGUUCCCUUGUGAAGAAUACACAUAAUGCUGGGACAAAGAGUUAUGCUCGUUGGGGUGAAGACAUAAGACAAGCUGAUCCUGAGAAGAAACGACCACACCGAUCAACAGUUUACUUAGCAACUCACAAGAAGAAAGAUGCUCCUGAAAAUAAAGAGAAAAAUGACCGUCUGGAUCGAUUGGAGGAUCUAAUAGCUCAACGACCAGAGUUGGGACAAAAUGUCAAUGGAAGAGUUGCAUGGGAAGGUGAUGCCCUGCGGGAAGUGCUAGGGGAAGAAAAGACUGGACAGGUUCAUGGCAUGGGCUUGCUUCCAACUCCUAAGCAAGUCUAUGGUCGAACACCACGGUAUCUCAAGAACAUCAAUAUGACUACAACUGAUGAACCAGCGUGUGAAGGUGAACAUGAUGUCUGGGGGGAAAUAGCAAUGCUGAAGGAACAUAUAAGAAGGCUUGAAGAUAGGAAUAAUAAAGAAGGCCAUGGGAAUGAAAUAGAAGAAGAGGAAAAUCUACGAUCAAACAAUAAUGUUAUUUCUCGGUUACCAGUACUACAUGGUAAAACAAAGAGAGUCCAAUGCAGUGGACCUGUUGAAGCAAACUCAUCUAUGCAACAUGGCAGGACUCAGGAUAAUUUAUUGCUUUCACGUGAAAAGGAUGGUGAGCAUGACAAUAGCAAUCAAUUACUUAUUCAACAAAAUUUAUCGCUGCCACAAGACCCUGUUAGUGGUUCUAUGCCAGAGGUGAGGGAAACGGUAGAUCUGAUUGAUGAAUCUUUUGCAACUUUAAACCAGCAGAGGAUCGGAAAUAAGCGUGGAAGCUCAGUUCCCUCAAAACCCUCGAAAAGACGGCAUACAUCUUCACUCAAGGCUGGUUGUGAAGUAGUUCUUAGAACUUCAACCUAUCCAAACAAGCGGAAUGUUGCAUAUGCUACUAUUCGUAGCACUGAUCCUGCAACUAAGGCUGGUGGUAUUGAGUUGGGUGCGCAAUUUUCACUAGUGCGCAUAGAUGAACCUAUAAUGGAUAGUGAGGAAUUAGUAAGGGAAGUAUCUGAUUGCAAGACCAUUGGUGAUGCUUUUUCAUCGGGGAUCUUAAUUGCUUGGCCUACAGCUUUCAUUCGAAAGAAAGAUUGAGUUGCAGCUGAAGUUCCUGAUUGGAUCAAAGAGGAAAUAAAGUUUGAAGAUUUUUGUGAUCAGAAGUUGUAUUUUACAUUGAUAGAAUGAAAAAUGUACAGAGUAUUAUCAUUUAAAGAGGAUAUUUUUCUUUCGUCGAAUUUAUGCAAAUGUGAUACGGUGUAAUAUUCUUUAUAAUUGUGUUUUCUAUAGAUACAAAUGUUAAGAUGUCGCACCAAAUAUUGCCAUUUAUUAAUUGUAAUAUAUAUGUAUCCUACACUCUUAUAUAUUUAUAAUAGAUAUCUUAAUAAA